AUGAAAAACGAGGUAAUUGACGACCCAACAAAUUUACAGCAAAAAGAAGCUCUGUGCAGUUUAGAAACGAAUAUCGUUGGAAAAAGCGAGCAAAAGACUAUAGUGAGGAAAAAGGAUUAUGAGCAUCCUGUCUUGAAGAAAGCGAAUUUGAACAAGAAGCGUUACAGAGGAGUGAGGCAGAGGCCGUGGGGUAAAUGGGCUGCAGAAAUCAGGGACCCAAAUAAGGGAGUUCGGGUUUGGCUAGGCACUUUCUCCACAGCAGAAGACGCAGGCAAAGCUUACGAUGAUACUGCUUUAAAAUUCAGGGGCAGGAGAGCCAAAUUGAACUUUCCAGAGAGAGCCUCCCUCCCCCACCAUAAGAAUAACAAUAAUGCUGGUGUGAACUCAAGUCAUAUAGAUGUUUCCGCUGGAUGCAGUGUCAAAAUUCCGGCCGCACCCUCAAUAUUAAGAGAUUCCUCUUUCACACCCACUUAUGAAAUGCAAUGCACAAGUGCAAUCCGACAGGCCGCCGAUUUUUCUGACUUGGUUUCUUCCUCACCAUCUUUGUUUCCAAUGGCCGACUUUUGUGAGAAUACGCAGGUCGUAGAUAAUGGUAAAAGUGAUUAUUAUCUUCCUUACGAUGCAGCUCGGCGCAAUACUGGCUUUACAAGGCAGCAGCAACAGCAGUUGGCUGCAUGGUUCAUCCAAAUCCAGCUAAGGAAAUAG